AUGUCAAUGAAAGAAUCAAAGCCAAAUCUCCGCCAUUCCCAAGUUACAGAGAUAGUGAAACGACUCUUUGGCUUAACCGCGUCCAUUAUGCGUCCAUUGCCCAGUUAUGAUGAUCAGAACUUUUAUGUGACCUCCAGUGAUGGUGGUGAGUUCGUUCUGAAAAUUAUGAACUCUGCAGACAGUCAGAACUUCACUGUUCUAGAGGUGCAGACUCACGCUAUGAACUUCUUACACCAGAGAGGUCUUCCUGCCCAAACUGCUUUACCCACACUGACUGGCCAACUCAUGAGCUUGGAAGAAAUUGAUUGUGGUAUUGGCAAACUUACCAAAAUCUGUGGUAAGCUUACCUACCGCUUGCUUACCUACCUGCCCGGCACUACAAUAGCCAAAAUUACCAGCAGUCCCCAGAUCUUGUAUGAGGUUGGGAAAAUAGCAGCCACUUUGGAUAAAGUUUUACUGCAAAUGGAGCAUCCAAACAUCAGUACCCUCCAGAGAGAGAAUUUCAAAUGGAAUCUUGAUAGUAUUCCGCUCUUAAAUCAAUAUCUUCAUGUGAUGGAUGGGGAUCCUGUGCAAAAGAUUGUUAAAGGUGUUAUGGAGCAGUACCAGGCACAAGUUGUGCCAAAACUAACACUGUUUCGCAAGUGCGUUAACCAUGGAGACAUCAAUGACCACAAUCUCUUGUUGGAACCCAACGGACCUUCAGCGUACAAGAUCUCAGGAAUUCUUGACUUUGGAGACAUGAGUAAUGGGUAUUUCAUAUUUGAGCUGGCCAUCGCAAUCAUGUACAUGAUGAUUGAAAACCCCAACCCGAUAGAUGUUGGAGGGCCAGUGGUGGCAGGAUGGGAAAGUGUUUUUCCUCUAAAUUAUGCAGAAAGAGACGCGCUCUAUUUGCUGGUACUGGGUCGGUUCUGCCAGUCCCUGGUUCUGGCCCGACAUGCCGUCAUUCAGCAACCAGAGAACAAGGAAUACUUGAUGAUGACGGCCAAGACAGGUGUGCACCACCUGUGUCGUCUUUGGGAACUGGGUAAAGAGGAAGUGGAAAGAAUUUGGUUCCUGAGUGCUGCACAGUUCAGUCAGGGAACAGUCAUAAACAGUCCCCUUGACUGA